AUGGUGCCCUGGGGACAACCCACGCCCACCAUCCCCCCACCCCGGGUGACAGCAGCGCCCCCUCGGGGGCCCGCAACCCGCAGGAAGCAGCAGCUGCCAGAACGCAAAGGAACGCCAACGAAGGCGAAGCAGGCGGGACAGUCGCCAGGGCAGGCUGCUCAUGGUCAGGGUCAGGGCUGCAGUCAGGGUCAGGAUGGAGAUAGGGCUGGGGUAGAGACAGUGAGGACGGCUGGGUCUAGGGCGCGGUUGGCGUUAGUGCCACCAGGGAGGAACAGGGCUGCCACCUCUGUUUCCCGUCUGCAUGGAGCUCCUGUCCUCCCGCCCGCGCCCCGGGAGCCAGGCUGCCGCCUGUGGUGUAGACGCAGGGAGGGGACCCCGGGUCUGACUGAACCGGCGCGCAGGGCCUCCUCCCAGCGAGACCCUGGGAGACACAGACCGCACGCCGGGAAGAGCGGCCCCGGCAGGACCAGCGGCCGCGCGAGUGCAGGGCUGGCGCGAGGGCAGGAGGGGUGGGCCCGAGGGAGGCCGCCGCCUGGAGCGCGGACAGUUGGCCGGGGCGGGGCCCACCGCUCCCCGAGGGAUGCAGGGAGGGGACAGCGCGGCUGCGCUCACACACCCUGUCUCACGGCCCAUCCGCUCCGGCGGUCCACGUGGGGCUCCGCCUCCCCCCGGCGACGGGCACUCAGGACCCAAGCCGCCCUCCCCUCGGCGAGAGACUGUGGGGCCAGGGGCGUUGCCAGGGCCGUACGUGCUCGGGCUCCGUCCUCUUGCCCUGGGCGUCAGCCGGUGCUCCUGAGGGAAGCCGGUGGCGCCCUGGGGACAGCCCGCGCCCGCCAUCCCCCUACCCCGGGUGACAGCAGCGCCCCCUCGGGGGCCUGCGACCCGCAGGAAACAGCAGCCGCCAGAACGCAAAGGAAGGCCAAGGAAGGCGAAGGACUCUGUGACUCGGACAAGCUCGGCGCUCUCGGCCAGCUGGAGGUUGUUUCCAUCUCCGCCAGGGCUCUGCGAUUCCCAAAACCUCGGCGCACUCGGCCAGCCGUCGGUUCUUUCCGUCGCCCCCCCGGCUCCCGGCCCGGAUGUGUUAGUCUCGCUUCAGGCUCAGCCCGCGGGACGCGCUCGUGUGCGCUGGGCGGUGGCUGUGUCUGUUCUGAAAUUGCAGCUCGCGGAGAACUGUGCGCCAGGACAGGAGAGAUCCGUAAGGAUGGGGAUGCAGCCUCCCCACAUCUGCGUUUCUGAAAGGAAAACCGUCUCCCCCUGAACUCAGGAUUGAGUGCCGACCCGGCUUCCUGAGACCUCCGACCCGCUGUGUUCACCGACCUGCGGUGUCAGCAAAGCCUCUGGUGACAAGUGAAGGGACAUCCCUGUCAUAUGUGCAUUUGAUCCUCCAGCUCCCUUUAUCACUCGUGUUUUGAACACAAGUGCGAUGAAGGAAACCUUUAAAAGCUACAUGGAAUUGCUUGUCAGUGUUGCCCUGGACCCCGACACGAUGCAAGCCCUAGAGAAGAGCAAUGGUAUAUAAUCUGCUGAGUAGCACUUCCUGGGUCUUUGUUGUUCUUGUCUGUUAGUUGUGCGUUUAAUGUAUGUUUUUUUAUCAGUUAACAAAUUCAUGAUAUAUUGAUUCUAUACAAUGGUCAUAUCUUUUCAUGAAUUAUCUGAAUAUUUGAAUAACUGUAUAUUGAAUGUAUUUUUACUGAUCUCUACUCAUGGGAAAAUUAUAUAACUAUCUGCUAGUUUCUUUCAAUUUUACGAAUCUUUAUGAGCUUUACAAUAUUUCACUCAGUGUCUGUAUUACAUGGAGGGUCCAGAUGUCAAUAUAUUAUGUUUUCUAAUAAUUAGAUGAACUGGAUAAUAAUGGUGUAAAGAUUAAAAUUGUAUAUUUGCGUCCAGUAAAAGCUAUAUCACAAAGUAAUUAUUUCCUAAUCAGUUAGUACUAAAACAAUAUAUGCAUUGUUUUAUAUUCAUUAAUAUUAUUCCUUUAUACUCUUGCUUUAUUA